AUGACUUGGCCCGACGUCGCCGCGAAGCCCGCUGAGGGCAUCUCAUACUUCACCCCUGCCCAGAGCCCCCCGGCAGGCACAGCUCGCAAUCCCCAGACAAGUGGAAAGCCCAUCCCCAAGCUUUUCCAGCCCUUGACCGUCCGCGGAGUCACAUUCCAAAACCGCCUGGGCCUGGCCCCUAUGUGUCAAUAUUCCGCCGAGAAUGGAAAGGCCACAGCCUGGCACAUGGCUCACUACGGCGCCAUCGCACAACGAGGACCCGGAAUCAUGAUCAUCGAAGCAACCGGUGUUGUCCCCGAGGGUCGCAUCACCCCCGGUUGCCUGGGCCUCUGGGAAGACGCCCAGAUUGCGCCUCUGAAGCAGGUUGUUGAGUUCGCCCACAGCCAGGGCCAAAAGAUCGGUGUGCAACUCGCUCACGGUGGCCGCAAGGCUUCCACCGUUGCGCCUUGGCUCGGUGGAGUCGUCGCCAACAACAACUCUGGCGGCUGGACUGAUAAUGUUAAGGGUCCCAGCGCGAUUCCUUUCGCAGAGGGUGACCCCAUGCCGAAGGAGAUGACUGAGGGUGAUAUCGCUGAGCUCAAGGCCGCCUGGGUUGCUGCUACCAAGCGCGCCUUGGCUGCCGGAUGUGAUUUCGUUGAGAUCCACAGCGCCCACGGCUACCUCCUCUCAUCCUUCCUGAGCCCUUCAUCCAACCAACGUACUGACAAGUACGGUGGCAGCUUCGAAAACCGCAUUCGUCUGCCUCUGGAGAUUGCUCAGCUUACUCGCGAGACUGUCGGCGAGCAAGUGCCUGUCUUCCUCCGUGUUAGUGCCAGCGACUGGGUCGAGAGUGAGAAGGGCUGGAAGCUCGAGGACACUGUCCAGUUUGCCGAGGCACUCGCUGAGCAGGGCUGUGUCGACCUGAUCGAUAUCAGCAGUGGUGGUGUGCACGCUGCGCAGAAGAUUACUUCCGGAGCCGCGUUCCAGGUUCCUUUCGCCGCGGCCGUCAAGAAGGCUGUUGGUGACAAGAUGCUUGUCUCCGCUGUUGGAAUGAUCAACAGCGGUACUCUGUCCGAGAAGAUUAUCAACGAGGAUGAUAUCGAUGUCAUUCUUGUUGGUCGUUCUUUCCAGCGUGAUACUGGUCUUGCGUGGCAGUUCGCCAAGGACUUGGAUGUCGAGAUCGCCAUGGCGGCUCAGAUUCGUUGGGGUUUCACCAACUUCCGGAACGCUUCCGAGUACAUCCAGCCCAACUCCAUGAAGGCCUCCUUUUUUGAUUAA